UUGCGCGCAACACACCAUCGUUCAGUGGCUCCAGCUUUAGGGGAAUUAAUUCUUCAUUUUGUGAAGACGAACAAGUAUCGUCACGAUAGUGGUCAAGAAGAUUGUUUACAACCAGUUCCAAUGCUAUUUAUAUAGCUUUCGUAAAACGCACGAAAUGGCCAACGAACUUAUGUGCCGUGGUUUACGAUCAUUGAAACAUUAGCCUGCUACCUAUUAAAUUUAAAGAUUGAAAAUUCCACAUUCAAAAUUAAACUACAUAUUUCAUGUACGUCUUUUGUCAAUAUUGCUUUUGGUCGUCUUGUUGCUCUGAAGAACUGGAAAUGUCGCUGGGUCAAACGGGAUUAACUUAUCUUAUUCAAGGACAGGUUGUUAUGUUGGAAUUUUGGGUAUCGCUCCAUGUGGUAUGGACUUUUAAAAGUGUUGUUUUUUCUCAAGCUUACAGAUAGUCCCCGAGAUACAUUUUUGUAGCUUUUGAUGCUGGGAAGUUUUAGAGCCAAAUUCCUUCUUUGCUCUUAAUGUAUUCAAGCGUCUUUCAAAAGGGUGCAUUCUCAAAAAUUCUAACAAAUUUGUUGAAUUGAACCAAACUAGCCAAACCAACAUGCUUUCCUCACUUUGGCUGGUUUUAUUGUUAGUAAGGCAAAACGAAAGAGCAUCUUGAUUUUUCUAGUUGUAAGACAUUAUCGAAAAAUGUUGUACAAUAAAAUCACUGCAGCUGAUUGUCUGCAUAACUGCGAAUCCGCAUAUAUCUGAUACCGUGUGUUUCGGGGACUAUCCGUACAUGGUUUUCGGAACCCUGCCGCAGAGCUUUUAAAUUAUUGCUACGAAAAACCGUGCAAAAUGAGCAAGACAUUCAUUUUGCUGCGUUUAUCUGCGACUUGAAUAAUAAAUUGGUAGCCAGUCAGCCCCUGCGCUUGGGGUCCAGUGUAAUUUGAACCCAGACCAGGUGUGCUCAGUCGUUUGUUAGUUUUCUGUUGCUAUAUAUGCGCGAGACGAAAUUUAAACUAAAACCAAUUUAAAAAUGUCCCUGCGAUAGAAUAAACACGUGAUAGUGAAAUACUUGUGUUACGUUCUGUUCAGUACAGAACACCUGUAACAGAAAGUCAAAAAAAAUCUCACAUAAGUUUAGUUGCACCAUAGUGCACCUGUUCCGCGCGAGCCAUGAACAUUGCAUACUUUCCGGGGUUGAAUUGAAACGCUUCACGUUAAUGCUGGAUGUGCGUGUGAUUGGUAAAGCGCGACAGACGCUUCGUAUGUACAAAAGAAACACUUUCCUUCUCUUUCUUGCCUCGCAGCUGUAGCCAGAAAGAGAUGCAUAGCAGUCACAAAACAUGCGAGAAAACAUAAACAUCAGUAGCUUUUCUGCACAAACAAAAGUAAAACCAUCCGAAGAGCUUUCAUCUUCCGCGGAUACGCAAACAGGAAACAGUGUGAUCUAGUUGGCAUGCUGUUGGCUGUACCAAAUUGAAUAAGUUUUUGGCAGAUUAGCAGCGAUGGAUUUGGCAAAACUGGAUGCAACAACUGGACCCGGAAGCGGAUAACUUGUUUCGCGUGAAAACGACGUUGAAGUCGCUCCCUACUUUCACAUUGCAACGUGUGCGAGCGCUGCAGUGGCAAGCGAGAGAAAAAAAACCCGACCCAACGAACGAAAGUAAAAGUUUCUACCUUUGGUUUUCAAACGCGAUUCCGCUUACGGUUCGAUGGCAAAACCUGCGAAGUUCUUGCGUAAUGUUCCUCGCUGGUCGACGCUGUUUCCGGUGGUGCUGUAUGUGCUCUUCAUCCUUUGCAUCCUAGUGUUGGCGUUUUCCUCCCGAAGUCAAAGUGAUGCAAAGCUCAGGAAAGCUGAACACGGUGCCAUUAAUGGUGUCUCAAACAAUGGCCCAAACGUUCCCGCCGUCCCGUCGCUUGUGUACCGAAAGCUGGAAGAAGGUGUCGUGAAUGAGUUGUCCGUGGCAUUUGCUAAAGCCGAUACAAAUGGUGACAAGCACUUGACCGUGCAAGAGUUGGCAAAGUUUAUAAAUUUCAAAAUUCGCGAACACAUCGACGAAGCCAUUCGUACCAAUCCGAUCAUGUUCGUCGAGAUUGACCAUAAACCGCGCGAUGGUCUUGUGAGCUGGGACGAGUAUCAAAGCUACUGGUUGCACGAGAAGGGCAUCCAGGGGGAUAGCCACAUGAAGAAGGCUAUGUUUGAUAAGUUAGAUCGCAAGAUAAAAGAAUCGAUUGCGCGCGAUAAAGCACACUGGAUGGAAGCAGCCCGAACGGACCCACUCAGCUUAACGUUGGACGAAUUUUUGUCGUUCCGGCAUCCGGAAUCGAGCACGGUUAAUUUGCUGAACCUGGUUGAUGAUAUACUGCGGCAGUUCGAUGUGGAUGGCGACGAUCUUUUGACGGUGGAGGAAUUUUCCGACGUGCAAACGACGGAUCUGGGCGAGGGUAAAAAGUUUAUCCUUUCGCAGAACGUACGUGAACGGAAAGAAGAGUUUGCGAAGGUAAUUGAUAAGAACCGUGACGGUAAAGCGGAUCGUGGGGAACUACUGUCGUACGUUGAUCCACGCCAUCCACGCUACGCCAUACAGGAAGCUUCGACGUUAUUCUCUCUGGCAGACACGAAUAAUGAUAAGAAACUUGUAAUGCACGAGGUACUGGCCAGCUCGGCAAUAUUCAUAUCCUCGAAGAUGAUCCAUACUGCGGAAAGUUUUCACGACGAAUUUUAAGAAUUAAAUACAUCCGCUCAGCGAAUGAAAAUGUACGAUCCAUGUUCCGAAAGUGAUGCAUAUCUGUGAAAUAAAUAUGUUAUGUUUGUUUUAUUUAA